AUGGCCCCCAGGAAGAAUGCGCAAUCUACCACGGCAGAGCUCUCGCUCGUCCACUUGAAGAACUGCUUGGUCAACCUUCCGCCGUCGCUGGUGUCCUUGCUCCUCAACUUGAAUACACCCGUUCAGAAUGUCAUUGUCGAGCUUGCCUACAAACCUGCCUCCUCGGGUGGCCAGCCAUCAUCUCCACAGUCCAUCUUUGUGGGAUGGACCGGCAUGCCCAGCAAGAGACGAGCAGCGCCGCUUGUGAGCCGCGAUGGAAUCAGUGGGAGCCGAGGGUCCCGAGACCAAGAGAUUCAGGUCGUUGAGAUGGAUGCGACGCUGGCAAACACCUUGGGCCUCAACGACGGCCAAAAGCUCACCGCCACGGUUCAUGUCGAUCCACCCGUCGCGCACACAAUCAACAUUGAGCCGUUGACUCCUGAGGAUUGGGAGAUUAUCGAGCUGCAUGCGACGUUUCUAGAACUCAACCUCCAAUCGCAAAUCCGCGCCCUUCCGAAUCCUGCAUUCAACAAUGGCACUACAGCAGUCCCGCCUCACCCGCUAACAUUGCAUCUAUCACCCACAUCGACUGCCAACAUCAAGGUCGUGUCUUUGGAUCCUGCGCCUCCAGCGGAUGUAGCUUUUGUCAAGUUGUCCCCCAACGCCGAGGUCAUCGUCGCUCCAAAAGUCCGAGCCAAGACCUCUCAGUCCAGCGGCGACCACCGCAGCGUUGCCAGCACCUCAAAGUCCAGACGUAGCGGGGGAAGCACGAUGCGAAGAAGAAGUACGAGAGAAGAAUCGAAACCUGCCCUAUUCUUUCGAGCGGUUGAACGAUCUGCCUGCCGGGAAUGGUUCGAUGAUGGGCUGCUGGAUCCCGAUAUUAGCAUUUGGGUUGACCGUGAUCGCCUGCUUUCGAGUUCGUUUCGGGGCGUUAAAUACGUCCUUGUCGACGUUAUCAAGCCAGCAGGACUGCAGAAACCCCAAGCCGAGGACGGCACCGCUCCUCCGGCCUCAAUAGCCUCAUCAAAGGUCGUGGCACGCUUAAAGCCCUGGGACGAUCCGCCUGAUGGCCAAACGGCCGCGCUCUCGUCCCCUCUGUGCGCUGUUCUUGGUUGCCCAGGAAUUGUCGGCGGCGUAGUCAAGCUUCAGGCCGCACCACCACCGCUUCCCAAAGGGGCUGUGCAGAGUGUCAGAGUAUUUCCCUUUGCGGCUGGGUCAAAGCCAAACGAAGGUCUCAGGUUCGGUAGCGACUCAAAGGCCGAGAAGGAAGAAUCGGCCAAGCGCUUCAGACACAUGUAUUCUGGUGCGAAUAACACCGAGGGUUUGCUACAGGGACCAAUCACGGACGGCAUGAUUGUCGGAGUCUACAGCGAGCUGGAGGCACCUCAGGGCUGGGAAGGUGGUUUUGUCAAGUUUGAGUACGGUGCCGAAUAUGCUGCCCAAGAACACAGCAAGGACGCCAUAUUCUGGGCUGCCGGCUUGGAUGAAAAGACCCAAAUUGAAUUCCAGCAGCCGCAAGCUCGACCGCCUUGGAUUGCCCACUCGGACGUCUUUGACCUGUUGCCCAAGAACGACUCCCUCCUGGUUGGAAUAGACUCACUGCUUGAAAAUCUGCAAAAGCAACUAGCCCACCUCUCAUCGGUUUUACUGACAGGCGGCAUGGGUUCUGGCAAGACAUCAGUCGCAAAGUACAUGGCCGAGAAGUUGCGCCGGGACAUGUUAUUUUACACCAUCUAUUUUUCUUGCCGGAAACUGGUGAAUGAUGAAACGAGGAUUUCAACUAUCAAGGAGACCCUCACCCGCAUUUUCAUGUCGGCGAGUUGGGGGGCAAGACUGGGCGGCAAGGCCGUCGUAGUCCUGGAUGACCUGGACAAGUUAUGUCCCGUGGAAACAGAACUCCAAGUUGGCAACGACAAUGGGCGAAGCAGACAGGUCAGCGAGACGAUUCGCUCCAUUGUCAGGCAGUUUUGCACCAGAGACGGUGGCAUUGUCCUGCUUGCCACAGCUGAAGGCAAGGACUCUCUCAAUAACGUCGUUGUAAGCGGCCACGUGGUUCGAGAAAUCGUCGAACUCAAGGCGCCUGACAAGGAGGCAAGAAGGAGAGUAAUGGAAUCCAUUACCCGACAAGAGUCCUUACCAGACAAGGACCCGGAUGAGCUGGACAGUAACCUCAGCCGUCCACCAACAUCCGAUGGCGGCGCAAUGGGCGACGACACGGAAGCAUGGCUGCAUGGCUCAGACGCAGACAAGCCAAAGUCCAAAUCCACCGGUUUCAUCAUCGACUCGGAUCUCGACUUCCUCGACAUGGCUGGCUUAACAGACGGAUACAUGCCUGGCGAUUUGAGUGUCCUCGUGUCUCGAGCUCGAAAUGAAGCCAUUAUUCGUUCCAUUGCCGAAUCGCCAUCCGAUGCCACCGACGGCGCCGUUCGCUUGAGCCGCGUCGACUUUGAUCAUGCGCUGAAGGGAUUCACCCCGGCUUCCCUUCGCAACGUGCCGCUACAAAGCUCCACCACAACAUUCAAGUCCAUCGGAGGUCUGCACGAGACACGCCGUGUCCUGUUGGAAACCCUAGAAUACCCGACGAAAUACGCCCCAAUCUUUGCCCAGUGCCCCCUCCGUCUCCGGUCCGGUCUCUUGUUAUACGGCUACCCUGGCUGCGGCAAGACUCUGCUAGCAAGCGCUGUGGCCGGUGAAUGUGGCCUCAACUUUAUCAGCGUCAAGGGCCCCGAGAUCCUGAACAAGUACAUUGGUGCUUCAGAGAAGAGCGUCCGCGACCUGUUUGAUCGCGCCCAGGCCGCCAAGCCAUGCGUGCUCUUCUUUGACGAAUUCGACUCCAUCGCCCCAAAGAGAGGACACGACUCGACCGGCGUCACGGACCGUGUGGUCAAUCAGCUGCUGACGCAGAUGGACGGUGCAGAGGGCCUGUCUGGCGUUUACGUCCUCGCGGCCACCUCGCGGCCCGACCUCAUUGACCCUGCUCUCCUUCGUCCCGGGCGUCUCGACAAGUCCCUUCUCUGUGAUCUCCCCUCUCUGGAAGACCGCCUCGACAUCAUCAAGGCUCUCUUCCAGAAGGUCAGAUUGUCCAGUGAACUCACCGACUCGGACGACGGCCUGACGGAGAUUGCCCGCCGCACAGACGGCUUCUCCGGCGCGGACUUGCAGGCCCUCGUCUCCAAUGCCCAGCUAGAAGCCAUUCACGAUGUUAUAGACGUAAACGGCCCCGCCGCCAGCUCCCGUCAUGGAGGCGGCAACAAGGGCAAUCCUGCCGGCCGCAACUCCACGCCCAGCUUUGUCCAAUUCCGCUACGGCACCGACCCGGCCCUCGGCAAGGACAACAUGCCGCAGAGCAAAUCGGCCUCCCUCAUUGAAAGCGCAGCCAUCAUGUCCAAACUAGAGCAGAUCAAGCUUGCCCGCAAAAAGGCCAAGCAAGCAAAGAAAGGUUACGGCGCGCUAGAAUCCUCCGAGAACAAGGAGUCAGCAUCGACGGAUCAUAGAGAAGUCGUCAUUGAGUGGGACCACUUGAUCAAGGCUCUUGACAACACAAGAGCAAGCAUCAGCAACGAAGAAAAGGCUCGUCUUGGGAGAAUCUAUCAUGAGUUUGUCGUGGGCAGAAGCGGCCAGAUGAAAGACGGACAGGGGAGCAUGGAAAUUGGCGGACGGAGCAGUCUGAUGUAG